UUACAGCUUCCUCCUCUUUCGGCUGUCUUUCUCUCACACACAUAAACUUUGGGAUGUGUUUUCUUCAUUCUCUCUCUACCUCUUCGUUCUUUUGCUUUUGUAUAUAACAUUUUUCAAUCGAUUUGGUAACUUAAUUUGCAUUUUGAUUAUCUAAAUUAACAAUUGGAAAAAAGAAGAAGAAAAGGGUGGGGAGGCAUACCCAGAUAAUGAACCUACCCUCUGUUCUUAAUCUCAUUGUGCCUCCCCUCAGAUCUUAAGAUUUGUCAUCUGGGUCGUCUUCAAUCGGAUUGUUUUGUUCUGUCUUGAUUCACUGCUUGACGUUGAAGAAGGAUCCGUAUCAUUGAACUGAAUUCGACAAUAUCUAUAUUUGCAUCUUAUUACAAUCUUAUUACAGUUUCUGAAGUUUGUCAUAAUUUGAGAUAAAAUGCAAUCCGAUAAUGGCAAGCUAUUUAUAGGUGGAAUAUCUUGGGACACAAAUGAAGAACGACUCAGAGAGUAUUUCAGUACUUAUGGUGAAGUUAAGGAAGCAGUGAUAAUGAAGGAUCGGACAACCGGUAGAGCCCGUGGAUUUGGUUUUGUUGUUUUUAUCGAUCCAGCAGUUGCAGAAAUUGUCAUAAAAGAGAAGCACAACAUUGACGGACGGAUGGUUGAGGCGAAGAAAGCUGUUCCUAGGGAUGAUCAAAACGUAUUGAGUAGAAACAGUGGUAGCAUCCAAGGUUCUCGUGGUCCAGGUCGCACGAGAAAGAUAUUUGUUGGGGGCUUAGCUUCUACUGUAACAGAGAGUGAUUUCAAGAAGUAUUUUGAUCAGUUUGGGACUAUAACAGAUGUUGUAGUAAUGUAUGAUCACAACACUCAGAGGCCAAGAGGUUUUGGAUUUAUCACUUAUGAUUCUGAAGAGGCUGUUGACCAGGUCUUACUUAAGACGUUUCAUGAAUUGAACGGGAAAAUGGUUGAGGUCAAGCGAGCAGUUCCUAAGGAGUUAUCGCCAGGACCUAGCCGCAGUCCUCUUAGUGGAUAUAACUAUGGUCUGAGUAGGGUCAAUAGUUUCUUAAACGGCUUCACUCAGGGGUAUACUCCAAAUACUGUUGGAAACUAUGGACUUCGGAUGGAUGGUAGGUUCAGUCCGGUUGCCGGCGGUCGAAAUGCAUUUGCACAGUUUGGAUCUGGUUAUGGAAUGAGUAUGAAUUUUGAGCCUGGUUUGAGUGCUGGAUUUGGGGGAAAUGCAAAUUUCAAUGGCAAUCUUAGCUACGGACGGGGCUUAAACCCUUACUUUAUCGGCAACUCCAAUAGGUUUGGAAGUCCUGUUGGAUAUGAAAGUGGUAACGGAGGAAACAGUUCUUUCUUCAGUUCCGUGACUCGAAACUUGUGGGGAAAUGGAAGCCUUAACUACGGAACAAGUUCUGCAAAUUCCAAUGCAUACAUUGGAUCAGGGAGUGGGAGUGUUGGAGGAAACACGUUCAGCAAUACUGGAGGAGUCAACUGGGGUUCUUCAGCAAUUUCUGGACACGGUGGAGGGAACAAUGUGUCGCAGAGUGGUGGCAACCUUGGAUAUGGAGGUGGCAACAAUGGUUAUGGAUUGGGGACCGAAGGUUAUGGAAGAAGCAGUGGUUCCACUCUUGCACCGACAUCUUCAUACUCUACAUCAAAUGGUGGUGGGGGUGUUGAUGGGGCUUUUGCCGAUUUUUACAACAAUAAUUCAGUCUAUGGGGACCCAACUUGGCGAUCUUCAAACUCUGAGAGAGAUGGAUCUGGUCCCUUUGGUUACGGACUUGGUGGUGCAGCUUCGGAUGUUUCUGCCAAGACUUCUCCUGGUUAUGUUGGUGGUUAUACUGUUAAUAAAAGGCAGCCAAAUAGGGGAAUUACUACAUAGGAAGAUCGUUUUGAUGACACGAACUUGUAGGCGAAGAUAAUCCAAUGAAGCAGGUGAAUUGUGAAUUUUGCACACCACUACUGUUGUUACUAUAUUUCGGUUUUAAAGACGUAAGAUGUUUGGUUAUUCUAGAGCUAACUGGAGUGCCUGUUUUGAGGAUUCAGAUAUUAUAGAGAUAGAAGUUACAAGGGAAUGUUAAGGUUUGAGUUUUUUUUGAGUUAUUACUAUUUAGGUUUUGGGUUUUUGGGAUUUGAGUGAGAUGUAAAAUCUUAUUGCGGGAUAUAGCGGAAGUGUAUCAUGCGUCACUUGUGAGCGAUAUAAACAAAAACAUGGAACAACAUUUCUUCUUUUUUUCUUUUCUUUUCGUUUCUUUUGGGGUAGCUUUUUGCUUGUAAUGUCUUGCAAAGUUGUUGGUUUUUCUGCUCAGGAAUUGUUUGUUCCUUCCAUCAUUUUGGUUUGAUUUUAGCAGAUUGUAUCUGAGGAUUUUGUUGAUUACUACUAGUGUGAAACAUUGAAAGGAUACCCUUCUAGGGUCCCCCUGAAUAAUUUACCAAUAUAUUCUGAUUAUUUUUUCAAGGGGAAUAUUUUAGGCUACA